AUAUGAGAUUGUUCCCUUUUCUAAUACAGUACUGUUUUCAUGAUCAGGAAGGAAUCCACUACAGAGUACCCAUGACACAUAGAGAUGCACCUAUAUCUUACAUACAUGAGAUGUAAUGCUUAUUUACAUUCACACACCUUUAGGAAACCGGAGCAAACCAUACCCGCGAAAUGCCCGACGGAACCAAUAUAAAUAUAUUUGCAGACUUUAUAAUCCACACCCAAAGCCCGUUUCCUCCGAUCGAACCCUUCUUCCCACCAAGCUGCGCCCGAGGCGAGAGUAGCCUGACGCAAUCCUCUACCUCUAUUUCCCUCGAAAGCUCCUAGGCGAGUUGCAUCAUCUGGUUUUGAGACUGUGGAGAAGAGAAAAACCAAUGAGCGGGCGCGUUUUGCUCUUGUGUGACAGGCGGCUUUGACCAAUCCGGUCUCCGUAAGCCGUUCUCCAGGCGGGACUAUUUGCUUCUGAAAGCGGUGAUUGGACAAGAGACGGCGGGAACCGAGAUACCGUGACAACUGGGCGGGGGCUUACCGGCAAGCUGGUAUUUAAACGCUGGAGACCUGGGGAACGGCGCAGUUCUCUUUUCUUGCUUUGUGUUAGGGUGGUCGGUCGCCGUCUCUUGUGCCAAAUCCCCGGCUAGCCGAGCUUAAUCCUUCGGUUCAGUCCAUUCCCGGAGAUCCGAGCCACCAGCGCACCUCCUCCUGCGGAGUCAUGAAGGGGGAUCCGCAUCCUCGGCAUCUUUCCAGCGGAACGGAGCAUCCGUCCAGGCUUCAGAAGGACGAAGAGGAGGAGGAGGAGGAGGAGCCCUCUGGUACAGAGGAAGGGUCGCCCAAGUCUCCGCUCUGGGUCUUCGGUUACGGUUCGCUGGUUUGGAGACCUGAUUUCGAAUUCACUUCCCGCAAAGUGGGCUAUAUCCGGGGCUACAGCCGCCGCUUCUGGCAAGGAGACACCUUCCACCGGGGUAACGAGAAAACGCCUGGAAGAGUGGUCACCCUUCAGGAAGAUUAUAACGGAUGCACGUGGGGUGUUGGCUAUGAACUUCACGGGCUUCAAAUUGCUGCUGUCCUUAAGUAUUUGAACAUGCGGGAAGCUGUGCUUGGGGGCUAUGACACCAAGCUGGUGAAGUUUUACUCCCAGGAAGAAGAGGCAGAUGAACCUGUUCUAGCUCUUGUUUAUAUUGCAACCCCCCAGAAUCCCUCCUAUCUGGGGCCAGCAUCUGAAGAGGAUAUUGCAGCUCAAAUCAUAGUCUCCAGUGGCCGUGCUGGACACAACAUUGAGUACCUUCUGCGGCUGGCAGACUUCAUGCGCUACUGUUGCCCUCAAGUAGAAGAUGAACAUUUGUUCUCGAUUGAGGAAGCCCUGAUCUCUAUCCUGCCCUGUAUAUAUCCUGCUGAGGAGCCCUUGGUACAAUAAUGAAGUUGACAGUAGUCACCAAAAUGAAAUUGAAUGAACGUUUUUAAACCAAGGACCACAUGCAUGAAUACAUGAGCUGAUGCAACUGAAGUCAGGUUUUAAAACCUGUACAUGUAGACCUUGGGAGAGAAGAGUAGUUGGAGGCACGGUAAUAUAACUACAAUUUAAAUAGCAUUGGACUCCAGCCACAUUUCUAGUCUCGAGUAGAGAUUGGAGAGACCCAUUGCUAUUCUACUAGCUGCUGGCGAUACAAAGCUGGUUGAAAAAUACUUCCUAGUCUCAUUUGUAUACUCCAGAGAGAUUAAGUCCUACUAAAUUUAAUAGGGCUUUUACUUUAUAGAGUUCAUGCAAGUGAGGCUGCUGCUGUUUUGCACUUUUAGCCAAAUUAACAGUGUUCUUUGAAUUGUUGAAGGGAAAGGGGGAUGAAGAUAAAAUGUUUUUCUUUGCAUGUUUUCAUCCAAAACAGGGCCAUGACUAUAAUGCUAUGAGCUUUGCUCUACCUCACAAACUGAUGCUGCACAGGUGAAGUUGUGAAGGUUUUCAAAAGUUCCUCCAGCCUUAGCCUUGGUCAUGGUAUCCUCGUGUUUGCUCAUACGCUGGGCUUUUUUUUAGUGGAAAAUGAACUUGAUUUUAGAUUUUGGUGGGGCCAAACCUCCUUAGGCAGUUAGUGCACUACUUUUUUUAUAACUUGAAAAUGUAUUUAUUGUAAUGAAGAUGUAUAUUUCAUGGAGAGAAAUGUCCAAAUGUCCUGCAGAGCAGGGCAGAUUGCUAGCUUGAAAGCUGGCAGGGGAACUUGGGUCUUCUGGUUUUAGAUAUAUAUAUAUAUAUAUUCCUCUUAGAGGGGAGCUUCAGACCAGGGCAGCUGCUACAAGGUUACUCUUUUGAGACAGCUUUCGGUAAAUAGAACUGUUGCACUACCUACACACAAUAUAGAUGCUUUUACAUUACAAUAAUUUUUUGUGUCAGUUUAUGUAACUGCAAGGUGUAUGUCUCUUGGCAUAUACCAUGCUCAAAUUUUGCCUGCAUUUCAAAUAAUGAAGUGGGCACUUAAUGUCUGGUUCUCCGAAAAUCACAAGAAAUUAAAGUUUCUGAGAAUAUUAAAUGUGUUCAUGAAAAGAAAGAUCUGUGCUGAAUAUUGUAGCCUGAAAGACACGAUUCAAUAAAGACGAUAAGAACAAUUGCUUUCUGAUGAAGCCUUUGUGAGAGACUUCACCCUGGAAUUUGUUAACAGAUCUUAGAACAAAAUGGACAACUACUGUUAAAAGGAACUGUAUAUCUUUUCUCUAUAAAUAAAUGAGUCUGAAAUUA